GGCACUACCCGAUAGCUUUGGCUUUCUUUUGCUGCCAGGCUAAGAUUAAACCGGGGACGUGACAGCGCACGGAGCUGAGAGUGCAGUUGGGAGACGCUGCUGUUAACCUAAAACACGUUUGAAUCAACCGCACAAGUAUCGCCUAAGAAAACCUAGCGCCGCGUUUUUAUAGGAAAGUUGUUUGUUUUAACAAAGACGCAAGUAUGUCCUGGCAAGGCUACGUGGAAAACCUGAUGGCCGAUGGCAGCUGCCAGGACUCCGCCAUUGUUGGGUACACGGACGCCAAAUACGUCUGGGCAGCACAGUCCGGCGGUACUUUUAAUAAUAUAACGGCUCAAGAAAUUGAUGUCAUAGUAGGUAAGGACCGAGAGGGCUUCUUCACCAGUGGUCUGACUUUAGGUCAAAAGAAGUGCUCCGUGAUCAGAGACAGCCUUCUAAUCGACGGUGACUGGACAAUGGACAUCAGGACGAAGAGUCAAGGAGGAGAACCAACAUACAACGUUUCCGUAGGCAGAGCCGGCAAAGCAUUGGUUAUAGUCAUGGGAAAGGAAGGUAUCCAUGGCGGGCAGCUCAACAAGAAAGCAUUUGGCAUGGCUGAAUACCUGAGGAAGUCUGGAUAUUAAGCAGCCUCUUCCCCAUCCAUCUAGCAGCUCAUACUCACCAUCACCUUGUUGUGUUGACAGUACUACCCCAUGUAGUUGUUAGAUGCUCUUUAUUUUUCUCCCUUUUCUGCCCCCCCUUUAUUUUGUCACACUCUUCCUCUCUCCCUCCUUCAUUCAUUUAUAUGCAUUAACACUGUGUAUCCAAUUCCCUUUUCUGGCACUGCUGUUGCACCAUAGUAAAAUGAGCAUGUUAUUAAUGUGACAUUGCAAAAAAAAUAUUUUAGGAAAAAAAACAGUAAAAAGACAAAAGACCAAAAAAAAUGGGUUUGAUUAAAAUUUGGGCACUCUGGUGUAAAACGCAGCACUGUUGGUGAAUGAUAAAGGAAGCCUAAAGUAGCGCAACGGUUGACAUUUGACAUGAAGGUGCCGGUAGUACAAUCUUGGAUUGGUCAAUGCCUUCGGAGCACUUUGAGCAGUUAACUGAGCUCAUAUUUGUCUUCCUUUUCUAUAGCAUGUCGGGGAGGGAAAAUUGCAUGCAUAUCUUUUUAGCUUAUUGAACCCUGUCCCUUUGAAGGACAGCCCCCCCCCCCCCAACCACCCAUAAAACAACCAUCCCUCAACUCUGGCCAAAACGUCAACAUCUUUGCAUCUUUACCUCACUGUUCCUUGUAGAUGACACUCCACCAUCACCAUCAUUUUACCAUUUUACAAGGAGACCAGCUUCUGCCUGCACAAACCACUGUACCUCUUUUCCCCACCUGUUGCAACUUACUUUUCUUUCUUUUUUGUUAUAAUACCCUGCAUCAAAUGCUUUUGCUGUUGUACUUAGAUGUGGUCUUAUAAGUCUUGGCAUGGUGUUGGAUUAUUUUGAGUGGAAUGGCAAAUGGGCAUUGUUGAGAUGCAGGAAGAGUUCUCCCAGUCUCAUCACAUCCCCGACUAUAAUCUCCAUGGACAUUCCACCGUAAAACAAUAGCUCAGGCACUUAACUAUUAUUUGCCAGCCCUGUAAUAUAUAAUCUUUUUAUUUUAAAAAGGCUGCCAUUUUGGACAGUAGAUCCCAACAUAACCAUCUGGAGUGUUGUCCAGUUUGAUUUUUUUUUUUUUUUUUUUUUUUAUAUAGGACCAAUUUUAGUUGCAGCUUGGGGUAUUUACAGAAUAGCUCUAAAUCAUUGUACAGGACGACUGCUCGUUCCAUCUGUUUGCUGAUUGUAACACUAACUUUUAAUACUCUAAUCAGAUGACCCUGAAUAGAUUUGCAGCUGAAGUCGGUGAAAACAGACAGAACGUCAGUCGUCCUUAUCCGUCAACUGUUGCAGAAAUGUUUUCUUAAUGAUAACUGCAUUUGACUCUGUAUACCCAUGCUGUGGAGGAAAAAACUAUACUGUGGAAUAAAUUGCCUUGUGCUCUAGUCAUCAACUAAGAUGUGGUAUCAGAAGUUGUCUGUGAAAGCACGGUACUUAAAUGUUAUGUCCAUUUAAAAAAAAAAAAAAAAAAAGAAAAAACCCUGAUAAAAAAAAAAAGUGUACACUUAAUUCAUGGGAGAUGGUAUUGGUUGGAAUAAGAACACUUUGGUUGUCUUGUGGAACCUUUAUACAAUGUGUAUCCUGUGCCAUAACGUAGAGCUAUGAUCUGUUGCUAUUGUGAGAUGGAUUUUACCCGCUGCCCAGCAAGGAGUCAUUGGAAUGGCACUUCCUUAGGGAUAUUUUAGCGCAAGCCCAACAUGUUCAGGCCUUGUGGAAUAUGUACAGAUUAAAACAAAUCUUUGUGGCUGAUUUAUGUUCAUUUCUUUCCCUACACCUUUUCUUACAUCUUGGGAUACGGUCUAACUCAUCUGAUUUAAUAUGCAUAAAAAGAAAAAAAAAUGCCAUAAAUUGAUAAACCACCUUGUUUACAGACAGAUCAAAUAAAUUUAUUCCAACCAGA